AUGGGUUUGCCUUGGUAUCGUGUUCAUACUGUCGUAUUGAAUGAUCCUGGUCGCUUGCUUUCUGUCCAUAUAAUGCAUACAGCUCUAGUUUCUGGUUGGGCCGGUUCUAUGGCUCUAUACGAAUUAGCUGUUUUUGAUCCCUCUGAUCCCGUUCUUGAUCCAAUGUGGCGACAAGGUAUGUUCGUUAUACCCUUCAUGACUCGUUUAGGAAUAACCAAUUCAUGGGGCGGUUGGAGUAUUACAGGAGGAACUGUAACCAAUCCGGGUAUUUGGAGUUACGAAGGUGUUGCCGGGGCACACAUUGUGUUUUCUGGCUUGUGCUUCUUGGCAGCUAUCUGGCAUUGGGUGUAUUGGGAUCUAGAAAUAUUCUGUGAUGAACGUACGGGAAAACCCUCUUUGGAUUUGCCCAAGAUCUUUGGAAUUCAUUUAUUUUUAUCUGGGGUGGCUUGCUUUGGGUUUGGUGCAUUUCAUGUAACAGGUUUGUAUGGCCCUGGAAUAUGGGUGUCUGAUCCUUAUGGGCUAACCGGAAAAGUGCAACCUGUAAGUCCUUCAUGGGGCGCGGAGGGUUUUGAUCCUUUUGUUCCGGGGGGGAUAGCUUCUCAUCAUAUUGCAGCGGGCACCUUGGGAAUAUUAGCGGGUCUAUUCCAUCUUAGUGUUCGCCCGCCCCAACGUCUAUACAAAGCAUUACGUAUGGGCAAUAUUGAAACUGUGCUUUCCAGUAGUAUCGCUGCUGUGUUUUUUGCAGCUUUCGUUGUUGCUGGAACUAUGUGGUAUGGUUCAGCGACUACUCCGAUCGAAUUAUUUGGUCCUACUCGUUAUCAGUGGGAUCAGGGAUAUUUCCAGCAAGAAAUAUAUCGAAGAGUUAACGCCGGGCUAGCUGAAAAUCUGAGUUUAUCGGAAUCUUGGUCUAAAAUUCCCGAUAAACUAGCUUUUUAUGAUUAUAUCGGUAAUAAUCCGGCGAAAGGAGGAUUGUUCAGAGCCGGCUCAAUGGACAACGGGGAUGGAAUAGCUGUUGGGUGGUUAGGACACCCUGUCUUUAGAGAUAAAGAGGGGCAUGAACUUUUUGUACGUCGUAUGCCUACCUUCUUUGAAACAUUUCCGGUAGUUUUGGUAGAUGGAGACGGAAUUGUGAGAGCCGAUGUUCCUUUUAGAAGGGCAGAAUCCAAGUAUAGUGUCGAACAAGUGGGUGUAACUGUUGAGUUCUAUGGUGGUGAACUCGAUGGAGUCAGUUAUAAUGAUCCUGCUACUGUGAAAAAAUAUGCUAGACGUGCCCAAUUGGGUGAAAUUUUUGAAUUGGAUCGCGCUACUUUGAAAUCCGAUGGUGUUUUUCGUAGUAGUCCAAGGGGUUGGUUCACUUUUGGACAUGCUUCGUUUGCUUUGCUUUUCUUUUUCGGCCACAUUUGGCAUGGUGCUAGAACCUUGUUCAGAGAUGUUUUUGCUGGUAUCGACCCAGAUUUAGAUGCUCAAGUGGAAUUUGGAACCUUCCAAAAACUGGGGGAUCCAACUACAAGGAGACAAGUAGUCUGA